GAUUCAUUUAUUUAAACGAAUAGAGUCUGAUGUAAAAAAUAUUGUCCUAGCUGUAAAGAGUGUUUGCUCGCGGUGUAUGAUGAUGAUGAUGUUAGGAAGCUACAUGCUAAAGCUAAGCUGUCAGAACACAUGUAAACACGAGCUGACUGCGCGCGUGUAACAGUGAUGAACUGUCUCUAGGGCAGAUGUCGGUGAACAUUACUGUCAUAUCGCUGUGUUUGUGUGUCUGUAGUGGUUAUAGUAACCAUGGCUCAGCCUGAGAAGAAGGCAGGUCUACUGAAGAGGACAUCCUCCUCGAAGAAGCCUCUGAAGGAGAAAGUGCUGCUGAUGUAUGAGCAGAUAUUCACAAAGGAAGACCCCAGCAAGAGCAAUCCUCGCUUCUGGGACGAGCUGUUUCUGAUGAAGGUCAAUCUGGAGUAUCUGGAGGGGAAGCUGGAGUCUCUGGACGGGGACGAAGUCAUGAAAAUCAAGGACAACCUCAACAGUUUGUUCCAGCACUGUGUCCAGGCUCUGGCUGAAGAGCACCAGAUCAGAGUAGUCCACGCUCUUCAGACUCUCUGUGCGCUGUUUCGAGGAGUUCACCAGAAGAACAAGUCUGCCACGGGCUUCGACAUCAUCAACAUGCUGAUGGGCUUCGACAAGGCUGAGCUCCGCAUGAAGGAGCUGAUGGAGAGUCUGGAUGGUCUGCUGUGUGGAGACGGAUCCGAGAGUCUGAAGAGCUUGUGUCUGAAACUGCUGCUGUGUCUGGUCACUGUGACCGAUAACAUUAGUCAGAACACCAUUCUGGAGUAUGUGAUGAUCAACAGUAUAUUUGAGGCCAUUCUCCAGAUUCUUUCUGACGUGUCCAGUCGAGCGCAGCAUGGAUAUGAUGCUGUGGUACUAUUAGCUCUGCUGGUCAACUACAGGAAGUAUGAGUCUGUGAAUCCUUACAUUGUGAAGCUGUCGAUCGUGGACGACGAGCCGACCCUGGAUGGCAUGGGGAUGGUCAUCCACCACGCACUUACGGAGUACAACAGGCAGUAUAAAGACAAAGAACAAGAAAACCAGGGAGGCUUUUUUUCCACCCUUACCAGCAUGGUGGGCAGUAUGUUUAUCGCUGAUGCAGAUGAGAAGCUGUCAGUACAGACUAAUGAAGCCAUCCUGCUCGCUCUGUAUGAGGCCGUACAUCUCAACAGAAACUUCAUCACGGUUCUUGCACAGAGCCAUCCUGAGAUGGACAUGGCAGCAGCCCCGGCAGUGCCCGUCCCAUCCUCUCCUGCGACCCCGCUGGGCACCACACCGCCCUCUCUGGACCUGAUGAAUAAUCCCGAGCUUCCUCUGGACCCAAACUUGCAGACGAGUAAUCUUUUUAUAACGUUCCUCAAAUAUUCCUCCAUCGUAAUGCAGGACACCAAAGAUGAACACAGACUCAACAGUGCUAGGCUGUGCCUCAUCAUUCUGACCUGUAUAGCCGAGGACCAGUACGCCGACGCCUUUCUCCACGAUGAUAACAUGAACUUCAGGGUCAACUUGCACAGAAUGCCCAUGAGACAUCGAAAGAAAGCGGUGGAUAAGAACAUCCCCUCUCGGCCUUUAGUUUGUGCAGUUCUGGAUCUGAUGGUUGAGUUUAUCAUUACUCAUAUGAUGAAGGAGUUUCCUAUGGAUCUCUAUGUGCGCUGCAUUCAGAUAAUUCACAAACUGAUCUGCUACCAGAAGAAGUGCAGAGUUAGGAUGCACUACACGUGGAGAGAGCUCUGGUCAGCUCUCAUUAACCUUCUGAAGUUCCUGCUGUCUAAUGAGACCAUCCUUCUGUCCAAGCACAAUAUCUUCCAGCUGGCUCUUCAGGUGGUGAACCUCUUUAACAUGUUCAUCACAUAUGGAGACACGUUUCUGCCCACCCCCAGUAGUUACGACGAGCUCUACUACGAGAUCAUACGCAUGCAUCAGGUGUUUGAUAACCUCUACUGCAUGGUGCUGCGAGUGUCCACCAACGCUGGCCCGUGGAAGGAGCCUGCUAGUAAAGUCACUCACGCUCUCGUCAACGUCAGAGCAAUUAUUAACCACUUCAACCCUAAGAUUGAGUCGUACGCUGCUGUGAACCACAUCUCACAGCUCUCAGAAGAUCAGGUGCUGGAGGUGGUGCGGUCUAACUACGACACACUAACACUGAAGCUGCAGGACGCUCUGGAUCAGUUUGAGCGCUACUCUGAGCAGCCCAGAGAGGCCGGCUUUUUCAAAGAGCUGGUUCGCUCCAUCAGUCUGAACGUGAGGAAGAACGUGUCUCUGAGUACCAUGAGUCAGGACGUCCUGCUGAAGGAGUUCUCCUCUAUAUCCUGAAACAACGGGACCUUUGACCUUCAUACUGACACAUCCAUUGCCCCACAUCUGAGGCUCCUCCACCUCGCACCAGCCCAUCUAGAACCGGACAGGACUGGAUCUGAUCUUCAGGCUGUAUACUGAUGCAGUGUGUGAGUUCGGUCGUGCUGAGAACAGACUCGUAUUGGCUUCACAAAGCAAUCAGGCCAACUUUGCACAAUGUGAAUUUGGAUUCUGACUACCCGGUGUUUCUGGUUCCUGAUUUUUUUCUUCCUUUUAUUGGCAGUCCAGUGCUGUUUCUGUUGAUUCUGUCGCGUAUUCUUCAUUGCCUUAGUACCAUAACGGAUGAAAACCAAUGUGCUCGCACAGAAUAACCGCUGAUUUUCAGUUCUCGUCUGCAUUCACUCUGAAUAUAGAAAAAACAUCCUAUUCGCAUGAACCUGAAAAAGAAAUGUCUGGGUCACAAUUCACCAUAUAUUCGAAAGAAAGAAAAUCCUCAUUUGCAUUAAUCAAAUAAAGCCAUUAAGAUUUACA